ACCUGUAAUCCUUAGAAUCUGUAUUGUGUCAGUUUAAUUUUGACAAUCAAAUGGCGUUGCCUACUUUACCGUCAUGCUGGUCACAUAAACACCAACACAUAGAGAAACAGAUGGCCAGAAUGCACGAACAACAGCAGAGGUUCAGAGAUCAAUGGGAGAGUGCAACCAAUUACUACAAGGGACAAACUGAAACAAAUCGAAUCAGAAAUGCACUAACAUCAGAUGCAGCUUAUAGGAAAAGCAUGAAGACGUAUGCAUCUCUAGACGAGCGCACACGAAAGAUCGCAUCUAUCCAACGGAGGAGGGAAAAACUAAAAGCAUUGUUAGAUAAAGAAAGAAAUGAGUAUGAAGCUGAACUGAGAGGUUUAUCUAUUGGAAACUAUUCAAGGCUACAAGAUAUUAAAAACAAAACUGAAAAUUUAAAAUCUGCCAGAGAAGAAAAGAGACAGCAGCUUGCAGAGGAGAAAUUGUACGAACACUGGCGUCAAAAUAACGAGCAUUUACGAAAAGUACAAACGGAUCUACAUAGAGAUCAUGUUAAGGAAGCAUGGGGUGACCAAACUGAACGAAAAAUAAGAGAAAAGAAAAAAGAAGAAGUCAAGGAUCAAAAGUUUGCGAAUCAAUACGAACAAGCGAGGGUCAAAGCUAUGGAGAACAUCCGGAGGAAAGAAGAGCAAAGGAUCAAAGAAGAGAAAGAAAGAGCAAAAAUAUUGAAGCAGCAAAUGGCUGAUUUAAAGGCACGGGAAAAAGCUGCUGCUUCAUUAAAGAGAGAAGAAGAGGAAAUAAUGAAAGAGGAGUGGGAGCUGGAGAAACUUCAGGAGGAGAGGAGGAAAAUGGAAGAGCAGAGAAAAAAGAGUGAAUUACAAAGAUUCCUGCAUCACCAGUUCCGUGCUCAGCUCCGGAGGAGAGCUCAGCAGAUCCAGGAAGAGCUUCAAUUGGAUCGAGAGAUCCUCCGGAAAUUGGAGGUUGAGGAGCAAAGAAAUAAAGAGAUUCAAACUGCUCGUCAGAUGAAAGCAAAAGAAGACGUUAAAUGGAUGAAAGAAGUUCUGGAGCAGCAGUUAAAGUUGGAGAAAGAAAGAGAAGCUGAACUUGAUCUGAUUUAUCGGGAGGAGGGGAGAAGAGUGUGGGAGCAGAGGGAGAAAGAGUGGGAGAGGGAGAGAAUGGCAAGAGACAAACUAAUGGCAGAGGUUUUGGGUGAAAGAGCAGGUCAGAUCCAGGAGCGUGCGGAGCAGAAUCGGAUGCAGCAGCAGGAAGUCCUCCAGGAGCGAGAGGAGCUGAUUGAGAUGAUGGAUGAGGUUCAUAAAACCGCGAGGUUGGACAAAGAAGAGGAGGAGAGACGGAAGAAAAUGAUAACCGAGCAACUACGGGGUCAAAUAAGUGAGCGUCAACGAGAUAUAGACACGAGGAGGGAGCAGGAGGAACAAGAGAAAGAAAGAGUGAAACGAUUGGAGCAGGAUUAUGAGGAAAUAAUGCGAGAGGAAGAAGAGAGAAUGAGGCAGAUGGGUUUCACAGAAAGGCGUCGUCCACGGUCGAGCCGCGCAGGGUGGGAAUAAUUGCUGAGUCAUGCUAAUUUCCAUAUAUGGAGGUCUGCUGAGCAAUGGUUUGCGAGUAGAACUUAAAUUAUGACGAGGAUAAACUGAAGUAGUUUUUGUUGUUCUACUUUCGGUGCUUUUUUCCAUAUGUACCUAAUGGUCAUUCUCUCUACUGUGAAAAUGCAUUGCAACCGUGUUUUUUACUGUGCUGUCGUUGCUACCGGGCAUAGCGUAAUGUAUAGUAGGGUGG